AUGGCUCCUCCUCCUACCGAUCCACCGGAAAAGGUCACAUCCGAAUCUCGUUUUUGCCCUUAUUUCAAGGACUGUAUCGGUGCUAUUGACGGGACCUACAUUCCAUGUAUGGUGUAUGGCGAGGACCAAACUCCAUAUCGUAAUAGACAUGGCUAUCUUUAUCAAAAUAUCCUUGCAGCAUGCACAUUUGAUCUUAGGUUUAUUUAUGUCUUAGUGGGAUGGGAGAGAUCUGCCAAUGAUUCACGGGUCUUGAAGGAUGCAAUGAGUAGAAGUGCAUGCAGUCUUCCACUUCCAAAUGGUUUUCCAUAUGAGACUCAAAAAAGUAUGAUCUGGGCAUGUAUCGGUCUAUAUAAUUUUCUGAAGAUGGAGAACUCCAACGAUGACUUUGAAGUUUCUGAUCUUCCUCCAGAGGCACCACGCAAUGUUGCUCCGAUUGAUGGUGAUUCUGAUGAGGACGAUGACCUACAAACUCAACAAGCACAAAGGACAGCUGCAUCACGUUGGAGAGAAUAA